AUGGACGCAAGAACUUUACCCAUUUUCUUUUUACUUCUAACGUCAGUUGUUAUUGAUGCUUGGCAAAGCGAAGAUGAAUACUCAGACCGAGGAUUACGAAGAGGCAUUCACUAUCAUUCCAAACGACACAUGCUAGUACGGGAAAAUGAACGUAAGAGACGAAUCACGACACAAAAACCAAAAGAGCUGAGGAAAAAGCCAACAGGUAAUUUAAAACCUAUACAAGCGGAUGAAAUGGAGGACUUCGAAGUUGUUUCCGUAGCAGUUGGUCCUCCAGUACGACCUAAAUACGACAAAGUAUUCAAACAUUUACCAAAAUCAACAAAUCACGCAAAUAAUUAUACUAAUACCAACGUAGUAGUGAACCUUGUUAAAGAUGUGAUAGCACAAAUAGGAAGAGAAUUUCUAACGCGUCCAUUAAGCGAAGACUUUAUUUUUGGACAGUAUGUUGGCUUAUCUAUAAAAAAUUUGACACGAGAGCUAAAACUAAAAAUUCAGCAUGAAAUUUUAGAUUUAAUAGUAAAAUAUCAGAAAAUAAGUUUUGGAGAUGGCGUCUCAAUAACAACAAAUACUCAAUUAGAAGAGAAGACACCACUGCCGUUGUUAAAAGAAAUAAAAUUAGAUAAGAAAUUCAUUAACGAUACCGCAGAUGAAGGGUGGCCAGAUUUUAAAAAUUUGGCUAAAAUUGUUGGU